AUGCCUCACGACCUGGGCCCGGCGGCCAGCACGGCCGACACGACGACCACGCCGACACAGCCAGCCCACGAGCCCUCCUCACCCGACCAUGAACCGCCACCAGACCAGACGCUCCCGGAGUCGCGGGUGCUCGUCAUCAUGACGGGCGGCACGAUCUGCAUGCGGCCGUCGGCGGCGGGGCUGGUGCCGGCGCGCGGGUUCCUGGACGCGGCGCUGCGGCCGUCGCCGACGUUCAACGACGGCUCAGACCCGGCGCCGGUGGACGUGGUGGUGGACAGCGCGGGCACGCGCGAGCAGCACGCGACGCUGCGCACGGCGGCGGGCGACAGCAGCGCGGCGGGGAGCGUGCGGUUCGCGGUGCUGGAGUUCGCGGAGCUGGUGGACAGCAGCUCGAUCUCGGCGGACGGGUGGGCGCAGAUCGCACGCACGGUCAGCUGGAACUACACGCGGUUCGACGGCUUCGUGGUGCUGCACGGCACCGACAGCCUGGCGUACACGGCGGCCGCGCUGAGCUUCAUGUUCGACGCGCUGGGCAAGCCCGUGGUGCUGACGGGCGCGCAGGCGCCCAUGCUGGCGCUGCAGAGCGACGCCGCGGCCAACCUGCUGGGCGCGCUGGUGGUGGCCGGCCGCUUCGCCAUCCCCGAGGUCAGUCUGUACUUCAACAGCACGCUGUUCCGCGGCACGCGCGCGACCAAGGUGGCGGCGUGCGACUUCGCGGCGUUUGCGUCGCCCAACUGCGCGCCGCUGGCCGUCACGACGGCGCUGGGCACGCGCGUGCGCUGGGACCUGGUGCAGCGGCCGACGUCGCUGCGGCACUGCAGCGUGCAGACGCUGCUGGACACGUCGCACGUCGCGUGUCUGCGCAUCUUCCCGGGCAUCCAGCCGGCCAUGGUCGACGCCGUGCUGCGGCUGCCGGGCCUGCGCGGCCUGGUGCUCGAGACCUUUGGCGCCGGCAACGCGCCGGGCGGGCCCGACGACGCCCUGACCAAGGCCCUGGCCGCCGCCAUCCGCCGCGGGCUGGUCAUCGUCAGCGUCACGCAGUGCCUCUCGGGCAGCGUCAGCCCCGUGUACGCGCCCGGCAUGACGCUGUCGCGCGCCGGCGUCGUGGCCGGCCUGGACAUGACCAGCGAGGCCGCGCUCACCAAGCUGGCCUUCCUGCUGGGCCGCCCUGACGCCUCGCCCGCCGCUGUCGCCCGCGACAUGGCCGUGGCCCUGCGUGGCGAGCUGACCGAGCCGCCGCCGCUGCCGCUGUUCCGCCACCCCGAUGCCAGCGCCAGCGCCAACGCCCUGCCCGACCGCCUGGCCACGCUGGCUGCUCUAGGCUACGCUAUCGCCCACGGCGACGAGCCGCGGGUCGCCGACAUCCUGCGCCUGGCGCACGACUGGAUCCUGGACGACGCCGACUACUCGGGCAACACGCCGGUGCACCUCGCCGCGACCGCCGACAACAGCAGCCUGCUGCGCCUGUGCCUGCAGCGCGGCGGCUCGGUGCACCGCCGCAACCUCGCCGGCCGCACGCCGCUGUUCCUGGCCGCCAAUGCCGGGAUGGCCGAGCACGUCCGGCUGCUGCGCGCGGCGGGCGCCCACCUGCACGCCGACGAGAUGGGUGUGGCCGAGCUGCACGCGCGCCGCCGGCCGGCCGUGUGGGCGCUGGCGGGCGUGAAGGCCGACGGGGAGGAAGAGGUAGACAAAAAGGAGAGAUAG